AUGCCUCCAGUCAAGAAGCGCAAGGUCGCCAAGGAGGCGCCUGCGUCUGUUCAAGAAAGUGAUGCCAGUUCUACCCAUUCUCAGUCCGGCGACGAGGCGCCCAAGCCUGAUGAAGUCGAUGCCGGCGCCGAGGACACAACUACUGCCGCUCCCAAGUCAUUCAAAGAGCUAGGAGUUAUCGAUUCUCUCUGCGAAGCCUGUGAAAACAUGGGAUACAAGGCGCCAACACCUAUCCAAGCGGAGUCCAUUCCGCUGGCUCUCCAGGGCCGCGAUCUAAUCGGUCUGGCCGAGACUGGAAGUGGAAAAACAGCAGCUUUUGCUCUCCCCAUCUUGCAGGCUCUCAUGGAAAAGCCCCAACCCCUCUUCGGCCUGGUCCUCGCACCAACCCGUGAAUUGGCCUACCAGAUCUCUCUGUCUUUUGAAACUCUCGGCUCAACUAUCGGAGUUCGCACUGCUGUUAUCGUCGGAGGAAUGGACAUGGUGCCGCAAUCUAUCGCCUUGGGCAAGAAGCCUCACAUUAUUGUCGCAACACCUGGUCGUCUACUUGAUCACCUGGAGAAUACGAAGGGAUUUAGCCUCCGGGGAAUGAAAUACUUGGUCAUGGACGAGGCAGACAGACUGCUAGACAUGGACUUCGGUCCAAUUCUCGACAAGAUCCUCAAGGUUCUCCCUCGCGAGCGUCGCACUUUCUUGUUCUCCGCUACACUCAGUUCCAAGGUCGAGUCUCUUCAGCGUGCGUCUCUGUCGAACCCGAUGCGGGUCUCUGUCUCGUCAAAGUACCAGACUGUCUCGACCCUACAGCAAUCUUUCCUCCUCCGCCCGCACAAGCACAAGGACAUUUACCUUGUCUACCUUCUCAACGAAUUUGUUGGCCAGUCCGCCAUCGUCUUCACCCGCACCGUGCACGAGACCCAGCGCGUUGCUUUCCUCUUGCGUACCCUCGGAUUCGGUGCUAUUCCGCUCCACGGUCAACUUUCCCAAUCCUCGCGUCUGGGAGCUCUGGGCAAGUUCCGUUCCCGCAGUCGAGACAUUCUCGUUGCUACUGAUGUUGCUGCUCGUGGUCUGGAUAUUCCGUCCGUUGAUGUCGUGCUCAACUUCGAUCUUCCCACUGAUAGCAAGACGUACAUUCACCGCGUCGGCCGCACGGCCCGUGCAGGAAAGAGUGGUGUUGCGAUUAGCUUUGUGACGCAAUAUGAUGUGGAGAUCUGGCAGCGUAUCGAGGCUGCGUUGGGUAAGCAGCUCGAUGAGUAUGAUGCCACCAAGGAUGAGGUUAUGGUUCUUGCUGAACGGGUUGGCGAGGCACAGCGCCAGGCUAUUAUGGAAAUGAAGGCCUAUGACGAAAAGAAGGGCACGAGAGGCAACAAGUUCGGCAAGGGCAAGCGUGGUCGCGACCAGAUGGAUCAGGAGGAGGGUUAA